UAUUAGCUGGUAAACAAUUGGGGAGCUUUUAAUAUUGGCGAUCAGUUUUAGACCAGUACAAAAUGAAGCUAGGAAUUCUGAUCGUUUUCUGUGUGAGUGCUGUUCUGGGACAACACGAUCCUCAUUUUUUGGAGGGUAAAAACACGAUUGUCCACCUUUUUGAAUGGAAAUGGUCAGAUAUUGCUUCAGAGUGUGAAAAUUGGCUGAGCAAAAAGGGCUUUGCUGGAGUACAAAUUUCACCACCAAGUGAAAACGCAGUUGUUGAGGGACGUCCAUGGUGGGAAAAAUAUCAGCCGGUUAGUUACAUUCUUCAAAACAGGAAUGGUGGCGAAAGUGCACUUGCUGAUAUGAUAAAACGUUGCAACAAUGUGGGAAUCAGAAUUUACGCCGAUCUUGUUGUGAACCACAUGGCCACAUCCACUGGCCAAGGCACAGCUGGUAACACUUGCGAUCCAUCCAGCAAGUCGUAUCCGGCGGUUUCUUACAGCGAAGAAAAUUUUCACACUUCCUGUGAUAUAGACUAUAAUGAUGCGGCGUCGAUUAGAAACUGUGAACUUUCUGGACUAAAAGAUCUCGAUCAAAGCCAGGACUAUGUCAGAGGAAAAAUUGUCGAAUACAUGAACCACUUAAUCAGUUUGGGAGUGGCUGGAUUCCGAGUCGACGCUGCAAAACAUAUGUGGCCUGCCGAUUUAUCCGAAAUGUUUGGAAGCGUUAACGAUUUGAACACCGAGUUUUUCUCCGAAGGAUCCAAACCACUUUUCUACCAAGAAGUAAUUGAUACUGGCAGUGACCCGAUUGACAAUAACGACUAUACCGGAUUUGGAAGAGUUUGUGAAUUCAAGUACGGAGCAGACUUAGCGACUGCCUUCAGAGGUGGUAACCCAUUGAAGUACCUGGAAAAUUGGGGAACCGGCUGGGAUCUUUUGGAUGGUGGAAAUACAUUGGUCUUCGUAGAUAAUCACGAUACUGAACGAAGCAAUGGGGCCUAUUUGAAUUACAAAGAGGACAAAGCCUAUAAGGCUGCCAUUGCUUUUAUGCUGGCCCAUCCCUACGAAGGUCUUACCAAAAUAAUGUCUUCCUAUAGCUUCGAAUCGAGUGACCAGGCUCCUCCAGCUGAUGGAGACGAUAUUCUCAGCCCAGGCUUCACAGAAGAUGGAACGUGCACGAACGGCUGGAUUUGCCAACAUCGAUGGUCACCAAUCUUUAACAUGGUGGAAUUCAGAAGCGUGGUGUCUGGGACUGAACUGAAUAACUGGACAGUUGAUGGCGACAACCAAAUAGCUUUUAGCAGAGGCGACAAAGGGCUGAUAGCCAUUUCCAUUAACGGAGAUUUCGAAGCCAAUGUUCCAACUGCACUUUCUGAUGGUGAAUAUUGCGACGUGAUAUCGGGAAGCUUCAUGAACGGUGAAUGCACAGGAAAAACUGUCAAAGUUAGUGGAGGAGAAGCUGAAAUCCAUAUAUCUUCAGAAGAUACUGAAGCUGCUAUUGCCAUACAUGCAAAUGCAAAACUAUGAGAGCACGCCGCAAUGACUUGAUGGAUCUGUUUCCUUUAGAAUUAUAAUGGUUGAUCUCUGAUAAUGGCGACAAGAUAUAGACAAUAUUAGUUUGCGAUUUUUGGUUACUUUGAAAUAAUUUUUGAAUAUAAGACACACGAAAUAAAA